AUGCUAAUUCCUAUAGACGCCAUCCGGCCCAAUGCCGCUCUGCCAACGAACCUGGUGGUUGCAAGCGCGGAGCCUCUUAUCGCUCGUGAUCUAGUCCAAGGCGACCUUGACGUGCUCCAAAAGACGAUAACCGAACUUGCGACGGAUCCAGGAGUCCUAGCAGUGCGCGAAAUGAUCGACGAGCAGAUUCAGUUUUGCAAUACCGAUGUCAAACGUAUAACUCUCUGGCGUACUUGCGUUUUACCCUUCUUUCAAACACUCACUGAGCAGCGAGUAAGCCAUUCGGCUAUCUUAGAAGCGCACACCGGGACUAUUUACAAUGUUGUUUUCGGCUACGAUGCUUCUCGUCUGGGAAUUCUCUUCAACUUCCUGAUUGAACUCGCCGUAAAAUGGAAACCACCGCUUAUCAAAGACGACGACGGAUCGAAAGCUCAAUUCCUAGAACUUUGUUCCGCAAUAUUAGCCAAGGCGAUCAGUUACAAUUCUCAAGCACUCGCGAACGAGAAAGUCCCGCCAAUUGUUAGUCGAAUAUUGAAACUUGUUGAUGACGUUGAUCAGAGUGGUCGUAGCUUUUGGACCUUACAAGCGAAGAGCCAUCUCGAGUAUAUUCAGCGUCGUCUCGGCGUCAUCAAAGAAGCCGCGCGAGAUGACGCCCCAAAGCCCCAGCCCCCUGGACAUGCCAAGUUUGUAUUGCGUCGGGAUCUUCCUGGAAAUUUGUCCCCGGAAGGUCCACGCCACGACAAUGAUCAUGAGGAUAUAACGAAGAUUCGAAUUCUACCGACAAUGUCGGAGAUCAUGUCCACCCGUUCAGAUUACCGGCCAUUCCAAGAUCCCUCACAGCUACACUUGCCAGGGAUCCAGGGAUUGAUUGACCGCCACUUCCGACUUCUUCGAGAAGAUAUGGUUGGUCAGCUAAAAGACUGUAUUAGCGAAGAGCUACGUCUUCUUGAACAUCCAGAGAGCAAAGCUAUCGUUGUCAAUCCACAGAGUCGUAUUCGGACAAACUCAUAUAAUAUCGCAGAUAUUGUUGACAUUAAAUGCACACGCCGAUGCGGAUUGGAGUUUCAUUUGAAAAUCGAGCAGCCUUUUUCUGCAGGAAGAUUGGCAAGCGAAGCACGAGCAGAUUGGUGGAACCUUUCGAAACGUUUAGAGGUAGGCGCUUUAGUUUGCCUCCUGGAGAAGGAUACCGCCGUCUUUUGUGUUGUAGCCGAAUCUACCUUGAGACCGGAUCCAGCUCGCACGCAUACACAAAAGGCGGAUAAAAAUGGCACCGAAAAACGUAACCUUCACAGCAAUAAGGAUUUUGCAUACGUGAAUCUGAACUUAGCUGAACCGAACGAAGUGGAUCUCAAGAUUAUGCUGUCGGCAUCGCAGUCCAAUGAACCUGUCAGGAGAUCCUUAGUGGAAUUUCCUGGCAUCCUUCUGCCCUCGUUCAAGCCUACUCUAUCAGCCCUCCAACAGAUAUUCAUGACUCUGGAUCUCCCGUUUGCCGAGCUCCUUGCAUCGAGUGCUGAUGGGCCAACCGAAGUUAGCAUCUCACCUCCCCUAUAUGCAACAAAGUCUGGGUUCGUUUUUAAUUUGAGAUGUCUUACAUUGGAUGGAAAUGAUUUAAAAUUCUCCCCUCAGGGCGCCAUAAAUCCUCAGGAGCUUUGUAGCAGAUCAAGCUUGGACGAAGGCCAGGCUACAGCCCUUCUAAACUCGUUAAAAAGAAGCCUAGCACUCAUUCAGGGACCUCCAGGUACAGGAAAAAGCUAUACUGGUGAGGCGAUUAUCAAGGUCCUUUUAGCAAACAAGGAGCAGGCUAGCAUAGGUCCAAUACUCUGUGUCUGUUACACCAAUCACGCUUUAGAUCAACUCCUUGAACAUCUCUUCAAUGGCGGAGUAGAGCAGAUUAUUCGCAUUGGUUCAAGAUCGAAAUCGGCUGUCCUUACCAAUCUGAACCUGCGUAAUGUGGGGAAGGAUAUGGAGCGCACGAAAUCGGAGAGAAAUGCUUCAUGGAAGUCGGCUGCAGGUUUAAAAGGGGCAGAAGACGAGAUGAAAGCAUACCUAACAGAACUAAAAGCCUCGACAACCCAUAAAAAGAUCAAGGAGCAUAUCAAGGCCAAUGAAUCGCUGUUCUAUGAUGCGAUAUUCGGCAGAGAAGAGGAAGAUUGGACUAAAGUUACCCGUAAGGACGACCUAGCUUACUUUCUCGACUGGGUCAAUGCAGGUUCCGUGUCAGAGAAACCAGUCGGAGAUGUUGACGCACUGAAAGGGCAGGAUCCAACGGUUUUAAGCCGGCAGGAAAGGUUUGCGCUUUUCACAUCCUGGGGUUCUGUGGUAGCUACCGACUUGGGAGAUGAAUUUGUCUCUCUUCACCAUGACUAUCAGGAAGCGAAGAGGGAACACGACACUGUGCAACGUGAGGUGGAUCUUCGCGUUCUCCAAGAAGCUGAUAUCAUUGGCGUCACAACAACCGGUUUGGCCAAGAACUUAGAUAUGCUUCGAAAGCUUGACAGCAAAGUCUUACUUUGUGAGGAGGCCGGCGAAGUCCUAGAGAGUCACAUUCUCACAGCGUUACUUCCGUCCGUGCAGCACGCUAUUCUCAUCGGAGACCAUCUUCAACUGCGCCCCCAAGUUUCAGACUAUGAGCUUUCUGCUGCAAAUCCGCGUGGACAGCAAUAUUCGCUAGACGUGUCACUUUUUGAGAGACUUGUUCAGCCAACACGGCCCACAGACUUGAAAUUGCCGUUCGAUAUGCUCGAAAUACAAAGGAGAAUGCAUCCAUCGAUAUCGAGACUAAUUAGAGAUACUAUAUACGAGACUCUUAAGGAUGAUGAGAAAGUCAAAAAUUAUCCCGAAGUGGUCGGGAUGAGAAAACGCCUAUUUUGGCUCGACCAUGAUAAACCAGAAGCGCGAUCGGAUCCGAAUUUCCCUACUAAUACGUCUCGGACAAAUGAUUUUGAAAUCGAAGUUGUUUCCGCUCUCGUCUCCCAUCUUGUACGCCAAGGAACGUACGGACGUGACGAUAUUGCCAUCUUGACACCUUACCUAGGCCAAUUGCACAAGCUAAGAAAGAAGCUUCAAAACUCAUUCGAGCUUGUUGUCGAGGCUCGAGACCUCGAGAGCCUUCAAAAAGAAGGUUUAGAUACCCCAUUAGAGGCACAUAAGCAGGCAUUGGGUAAAUGCAUACGGCUUGCGACCGUUGAUAACUUUCAAGGUGAAGAAGCGAAAGUAAUUGUUAUUUCUCUGGUUCGAAGUAACUCAGAACGACAAUGCGGAUUCUUGAAGACUACAAACAGGAUUAACGUACUCCUCUCGCGAGCACAGCAUGGAAUGUACAUCAUUGGAAAUUCCACAACUUAUGGUGAGGUUGAGAUGUGGUCAAAAGUUAUUUCCAUGCUAAACGAAAGCGGGUGCAUCGGCACUAAACUACCACUUCAAUGCCCAAGACACAAACACACAGCCAUCGAAGUGGCGGAACCUGAUGAUUUUAUCCGAUUGUCCCCAGAAGCUGGAUGCAAUCUUCAAUGUUCCGAGAAACUUGACUGCGGUCACAUUUGCCGUAGCAAAUGUCAUGCAAAGCCCUUACAUAGGGCUGUCAAAUGUCCGGAACCAUGCUUACGGCUAAAGACCUGUGGCCAUAGUUGUCCUAGGCUUUGUGGAGAUAAUUGUGAAGAAAGGUGUUCUACUAUACUCGAAGGGCAUGAGGUUUCUCUUCCUUGUGGUCACACACUAACCUCACCUCGAUGUUGGCAAGUUGAGCACCCGGGCGAGGUCAAAUGUCUCACACGUGUAGGGAAAGAUGUGCCGGGUUGCGGUCAUCAUGUUGAUGUUCCCUGCUACGAAGACAUUACCGAGAUUAGUUUCGCCUGCCCGGCACGAUGUGGUCAACCUCUUCCCUGUGGACAUGUCUGCGAAGAUUCAUGCAAGGUUUGCAGGACUCGUGGUGGGACUCACUCACCAUGUACAUCUAUCUGUGGUCGAAGUUACAGUACUUGUAAACACGCAUGUGUUAAUCAAUGUCAUCCUGGUGAGAAUUGUGCUCCUUGCGGUAUGCCUUGCGACAAACGGUGCACCCACACAGCAUGUUCUAAACUAUGCUCCGAGCCUUGUACCCCUUGCAUGUUACCGUGUUCAUCCAGCUGCGUGCACAGUCAAUGCUCUAUGCCGUGCUCUGCCCCAUGCAAUUGGGCGGCUUGUUCCAACCGUUGCAGCCAGCGCUUACUUUGCGGUCAUCAGUGUCCAUCUCUUUGUGGCGAGGCCUGCCCUGACAUGAAGUUCUGUCAAAUUUGUGCAUCUGGAGAAAUCAAAGCCACCAUAGUUGAUACGCUGCCUGCACCUGAGCUACGUGAAUAUCAUAUGAUCAACUUGGACGCGGAACCCUGCCUUUUUCUUGAUUGUGGUCACAUAUUUACAGUAUCAAGUAUGGACAGGUCGUUGGGAAUAGUAGACAAUUGUCGAAAUGUCGAUAGUGCCCCUAUUGCCAUCCAGGCUUCGACGAGACUUUUCUCGGGUGAUACGAUUCGGUCUUGCCCACAUUGCAGAGGAAGCUUGCGAAAUAUCUCACGAUACGGGAUGAUUGUUCGUCAGACGUUACUGGAAGAGUCAACCAAGAAGUUUGUUAUCUGGUCUCAUACCCAGUCGAUGAAACUGGAACGACAACUUAUUGACGAGGAGGAGAAACUUACAACUUUCAAGAAAUCUGACCGCCUUCAAGAGUCGAUCAGCAGAGUAAGCAGCGACUUUUAUGUCAGCGGAAGCCCUAUCGACCAAUUACUUGCCAUUCACGACUGGGUUGGACAUGAUCGGUAUAAGUCAAUCAUCCACCUUUAUUUUACCAUAUUUGAAUACGUUGGUGGUGUUACGGCUAUGGAGAAGUCAUACCGCCAAGUAUAUGAUCUUAUGGAACACACUAAUCGGAUUGAUCGUCCUACCGACAAGUAUGAGUUGAUUCCUUCAGAUAUACGCAUGCGUGGCCAGGUUACCGCUCGUAUUUCUCUAUUCCGGUGUUAUCUAACGGUCAUAAGCGACUUUCUACAUUUGAGAAGUCUGACUCGAUGUCAUACAAUCGUGAAGUUUAACCUCAAAAAGGCAUUUGAGGAAUGCAAGCAGCUAGCCGAGCUAGCACAGGAGGCAAAAUAUAUUCGACAAGAGGCCGAAGGCCAUAUUUUCUAUUCAAAACUUGUUGCUCUCGCUCAACAAGCGAACCAUACUGUAGGGCCUGGUGAUUCGAGCGGAGAUGAGUACAAUGUGGGGAACGCGCGACAGCACCUUUCCAAGGCAGAGGCCCUUAUUCUCGUGUUACCAUCAGCUGCACAUCUACGAAAGGAGAUUGACGCCGUAAGAAGAAUGUUGGUUGACGGGGUUUUCUUCCGUGGCGCCUCGGUAGAAGAAAGGCGUGCCACCUGGAAAGAAAUGGACGAAGAAGUUAGGAAAGUUGGCCACUGAGAAGCGUGCGGCCAUGUUAGUGGGCACGUUUCUACGUUUUAUUCGCCUUUUAUCACGGCAUCUAGAUGUAUCUUAUCAUCAUUAAUCAUUGCAUUUCGG